AUGUCUUCCAAGUCUUCGGAAUGGCAGGUGGAGUUGCCUGUUCACCGGUUGGAGCGCAAUCUGAUUUUUCUUCCUGGGAUCACUUACCGUGUUGUUCUUGAUAAGCAAAAGGCUCUUGAUCUGGCCUCGAGAUGGUCCGCUGCUGAAGUCUCAGAAAGUGUUGCCGCAAUUGCCGCGCGCUUUGGCCUGUCUUCCAAGCGUUUGGUUGCCUGUGUGCCUGGCUAUCCAGACUCAGACACAUGCACCGUCUGUGUGGUGAAUGGCUUUUACAAGAUGAGCGAGACGACCGUGGUGAGUUUUAAGGGUGUUACGCGCGGCUAUAUUGUGCAAUUGGACGAGGAGAAUGUCACCGUCGAGAUUGAAGAGGAAAUGCAGGUGCCAAAGCUCGACACUAAGGACAUAAUCCGUCUAUUUGAUAACGUAGACGGCUUUUUAAGUCAUUACAAAGACGAGAGCACUUUGGACCCCGAUGACAAGGAGGAACGCUUGCAACGCAUUCUUUUGCGGCUUACGCCUCUUGCAACGCUUUUGAAUACCCAGCUGUCUGCGCCAGACGUGUCUACGGGCCUGAAACGGCUGAGACAAGCGUACGGUCGCAAGUCUGGAGACUUUGCGCACUACAACGACGUCCUUGUUGCGCUGUUCCCAUUUCCAAUCAAGCUGAAGAUCGCGUACCUGAGGUCCAAAGGAGCAGAACGUAUGGAGGUGUUUUACAAAUGCGUGGUAUUCGCAAACAAGGUAUUUGAUGAACACCUCAAUACCAGCUAUUUGUCGGAAAUUUGGAGCAGUCUCGAUCACCGGAGCGGCAAUUCGCAGGGCAGACUGUUGCGUUCGCAGUUCAUCUCAGACCACCUGCGGAAUUUGCGUCGAUUAGUUGAAGAUAUGGGUCUUACGCGAGCCACGGGCCGUGGCAGCAGAACUAUUGAGGAUGAUGAUGAAAACAAGCGCAUCCAAGACUUUGUCGACUCUUUAGACAAGUACAUGAUCAAUGAGGAUGGGAAGAGACUUAUCACCAAGGAUUUUCAGAGACUGAAGCAGAUGCAGUCCAGUUCCUCGGACUACCAGGUGUUGAGAGCGUAUCUGGAGAUAAUCAUGGAUCUUCCUUGGCAGCGACUUGACUCUUUCGUGGAGUCGGUUAACGUGGACCUUGUACGUGCGCGAGAGCAACUGGACGCCGAUCAUUAUGGCAUGGAGAGUGCAAAGGAGAGAGUGCUAGAGUAUCUGGCGGUGUUGAACCUGCACAAUCAAAAACAGCCGAGACACGAGCCGGAAUUUGUGUACGGAAGCGGAGACGAGCCUCCGGCCAAACAACGACCUGCACCAGCCCUGAAAGCGCCGAUUCUGCUUCUGACGGGCCCUCCUGGCGUUGGCAAAACGUCACUGGCGCGCUCAAUUGCCACCACUCUGGGACGCAAGUUCCAGAGGAUCAGUGUUGGUGGACUUAAUGACUUUGCAGACCUGAAGGGCCACAGAAGAACAUAUGUCGGGGCAAUUCCGGGGCUAAUAGUCCAGGCCCUGCGGCGUUCUCAGUCGAUGAAUCCGGUGAUUUUACUGGAUGAGGUGGAUAAGAUCGGUUCCAAUUCCCGGAAAGGAGACCCUGAGGCUGCUCUGCUGGAAAUUCUGGACCCCGAACAAAACACCAAUUUCCAAGACCACUACAUUGGCUUUCCUAUAGAUCUUUCGCAGAUACUGUUUGUGUGCACUUCUAAUGAUCUAUGGCAGCUGAGUGAUCCCCUGCGUGACCGGAUGGAGGUAAUCGAACUUUCAGGGUACAACUAUAUGGAAAAAGUUGAGAUCUGCAAGAAAUACAUUAUUCCGCGCCAGUUGGAACGUGCAGGACUUCCUAGCGACGCGGUGGCGAUGGACGACGAGACGAUCCUGAAGAUGGCCACGAACUACACCAGCGAACCGGGGAUUCGAAACCUCGAACGGCUAAUCGCGGCCAUCUGUCGGGGAAAGGCUGUUGAGUUGCAAGCGGGCGAGGCUACCAAAAAUGUUACUGUACACGAUCUUGCAAAAUAUAUCGGCAGUCCUUCGCAUCUUCGUGCUACAGCGGCAGGAGACACCAAGUUCCAAAAAGGGUACGGUGUGGUCAACGGACUGUCUUACAAUUCUGACGGGUCGGGGUCUCUUUUGCGGUUUGAGAUGAUCGGUCUUCCAGGAUCGCAAAAAAUGAGCUGCACCGGACGUCUGGGCGAGGUGUUGCUGGAGAGCUCCCAGAUAGCGAAUACCCUUGUUGGGUACCUGCUACACAACAAUUUGGUGGCCGGCACUCAAGGAUAUAGAGACGAGCUGCUCAAACGAUACGAGAACACCAGUGUGCAUUUGCACGUUCCGGAAGGUGCGAUCUCCAAAGACGGGCCCUCAGCUGGAAUCACCAUGACGCUGUGUCUGAUGUCCCUCCUUUUGCGCAAAAAAGUGCCGGAAACGAUCGCCAUGACGGGCGAAAUCACGCUUACCGGGAAAGUGCUCCCAAUUGGAGGAGUGAGAGAAAAACUACUGGGCGCACACCUCGCAGGCAAGGUGAAUAAGGUGCUACUUCCACGGCAGAACCGCAAGGAUGUGAUUGAAGAUUAUAUCUAUAAUCUGAGGGAUAGGGAGCUGGCCAAAGAGCUCUUCGCCAAGUUCCUCGAGGAGGAAGAGCAGCUUCUCAAGGAGGGCCGAACGCACGCAGGAGAGCCUGAGAAAUGGGUCAACCAGACGUUGGGGCUCGAGAUCGUGUAUGUUGACGACUUCAGUGACGUGCUGGCAAGUGUGUGGGAAGGUGAGGUGCUGCUCACUGGUGGAAUUCGCGAAGCUCGUAUUUAA